AUGGAUUUUGCGGCGAAGUGGAGUGGUUUACCAACAAGUCCAAGCCUUAAAAAUGUAACAGAACCAGGUUUUGGCAUACCUAAGGAAAAACGACAUGCCGCUGUUCAGGACCUAACGAAGGCUCAUAUUGAGUCGUUUGACCAAGCAGUUUCAGAUGGUCUGUGUCGUGCUGUGCAGGUAACGUUAGGUGCAGUGGGAACUCUCACGUGGGAAAGUCAGUGCUGUGUAAGCCAUGCCACAAUGUUUUAAGUAGCUAACGUUAGCGGUUAACUAAUACAAUAGUUAGGCCUACUGAUAUGAGUGUCCUGAAGCACCAACGUAAGAAAACAAAAUGUUGGUUUUGUUCGAGGAAGUCACUGAUAUGUAUUUGCGAGAGUGACCUAGUUAAUGUUACCUAGCUGAUUGUCUUUAAUUUAAUACUUUUUUAGGACUUCCAUUCAACUUGCUGUCAUUCUUUCCAGUACACCACAAAAUCUGCCACAAUUACUGUUCACUUCCGUCUUUGAGCUGUUGUUCAAUGUGUUCUAGUUUGCUUAGUUACAUCACUGCAGGAACUUUGUUAAAGUUCGUGUCUGUCAUACAAAACCAUGGGGUUAGAUGUUGAGUUAAUGUGAAAUGUUUGUGUUCCAUUUUCCUUUUCAGGCCAUCCCUCCCUUGGAGUUUAUGUUUAGAAAUGACCGCAUCAGCUUGGCGUUUGUGGAGGCCACCAUCUAUAAACCAGUGGUGGUCAAAGGGCGCAUCUGCCCGGACCUGAGGGUGUUCCCAGCAGAGGGAGACGCUGCUCCUACCGCGGAAAGCUUGUGGUAAGAUUGCCUGCAGACCCAACCACCAGAGGUGGGUAGAGUAGCCAAAAAUUGUACUCAAGUAAAAUUACUGUUACUUCAGAAUAAUAUGACUCAAGUAAAAGUAAAAAGUUGUCAUCCAAAUAAUUACUUGAGUAAGAGUAAAAAAGUACUUGGUGAAAAAACUACUCAAGUACUGAGUAACUGUUGAGUAACGUCUGAUUUAUUUUUUAACACAAGACAACGAUCAGACAGACAAAAAUACAAAAUAAUCAUCUUUAGGCAAAUUAUAGUUCAUCCAAUCAAUAAAAUAAAUUAAAAUUAAUUACAAAAUAGCUUAAAUUAAAAUAAUUCAGGUAAAUUCAAGUACUUAAAAAAUAAAAUAAAUAAAAUAAUAAAAAAUAAAUAAGCACAAGUAACACAAAUUUCCAAACCUUUAUACUUUUUUACCAGGCAGAACUAGAACGAGGCAGCCCAUAAACUCUCAUAAACUGUGUGUGUGUGUCUCCACAGUGUCUCCACAGUGACAGAACAACAGAAGGAAACACACAAACAUUUCAUACCAGGCAUGCUAAACAGAAAACUGCACACCAGAAGGAAGCGGUCAACGUAAAAUAAUCAAUAGGUGUUGAUUAGGCCUACUCAGUACCUUUGUAUUGCAUGGCAAGCAACAGCCCUUUUUCCGUGUGCCUAUAAAUUAAUACUCUGAUCUGUGAUUAGGCCACACUGCACAUCUCACUGAGCAGAGGAAAAGAGCAGCAGUACACAUCAACUGAAAAAGCACCAGUCCAUGAUAGAUGGCCAAAUAAAACAAUAUUGCAGGCCUAGUAUCCCAGAACACAAAUUAAGCUGAAUGCAUGUUCUCUAAAAGGCAUCAGAGGAGAGUGAUGUAGUUGUAGAUGGGGCAUUAUGUUUACUUCCAGUUCCAAUAUCUAACAAAAAAAGUCCCCCCCCCCCCCCCCCCCCCCCCCCCUACAAAAAAAAAGCAUGUAUGAUGUGUCUUUACAAUGGAGUUAUACAUUCAUAGCUCUGCGCUCUCUAGCACAGCCAUUACACAGUUAAGGGGAUUAAACGCUUUGCUCAAAGCACCUCAAAAGCAGCUUCCCCAAUCUAGACUCCCACAGACAGACAACAGAUUUGGCAAUAUUCUAACCUUUAGGCUGACACUGGCCCUUUGACUGGUUGACUGGAGUCAACACUCCAGGAACUCUUUGGCACAGUAACAUGAAAACCCUUUUAUAUUGAAGGCCCCACUGGGAGUGUGUGUGUGUCUGUGUGUGUCAAAACAUGCAGAAAGAAACUAUUUCACCAAAGAAUCACUCAGUGAUGUCACUAUUAAGCUUCAACAGUAGCUGGCUCUCAAGGUUCUUGCUGUGAAGCUGUGAUUGUUUAGCAGUGAACAGGAGUCCUGCAUGACUGAAAAGUCUCUCACAGGCUGCAGAUGCAGGAAGACCUGUGUUGACUUUGAGUGACAGCUUCUUGAUGCGAGGAAAGGUGUGGAGUAGAUCCAUACCUGCAGGGGACAGACAUGAACGGUACCUCUCCAGCUCUCCUACUUGUGAUUUUCCCAACUCCAUGGAUGCAAAGAAGUCGUCUUCAUCAGAGAGGCCGCUGUUUGCGCUGGUGACAUCAUCCAAGUCGGUGUCUAGGUGAUUUCUGAUGUAGUCAAGGCCUGUGGGUUUUAGGGCAAGAUAAAUCGUUUUUCAAACGAAUUAAGUCUGCACAUUAUUCUUACCCUUCUACUGUAUAGGCUGUCAAGCUGCUGAUGUUUGACAUUAAAAGCUACCUGAGCUUCUAACUAUAUUGCCUAUAACUGGGGAGGAAUUGUAGUUCUUCAACUGGAGGAACACAGUGUAUGGAUCUGUGCAAAACUGCAACAGUAUUUUUUAUUUGAAAUAUUAUUUCUUGCUGAUAUGUAAGAUAAGGGACAUAUCAGCAUAGGUUUCAAAAACUGUUUUGCAAGCGAUGAUUAUUGACGUUUCUAAACGUUAAAACACAACGUCGGAAUUGUACUUCACACUCAGCCAACUGUGGUCGACGCUAACCGCUGAAAACCCUACAGAUAAUAAGAAGGGUUUUCGAGAGCUAAUCCGGAUUGUACUGUAUAUGACUGUCAAGACAAGGUCUAUCUACAAUCUCAACACUUGCACAUUGUGAUGAAUUAAAGUUUAGUGCUUUGAUUCUUCACAGACAGACAUCAGCUGGUCCGUGAAUGGGAUUCCCAAAGGCAUCAUCAAGCAGUCCCUGGGCCAGGUGCCCAUCAUGGUGAAGUCUAGGCUGCGUAACCUGCAUGGGCUCCCUCCCAAAGAGCUCAUUGAGCACCACGAGGAGGCUGUGGUAGGAGAAUGGCAUGCUUCCUACCCCACAGCACAUCUGUGGGAACUAGUCAAUCUGAUAAUUUGUGCUUCAAAGCAGAUAUUAAGGCACAUUUUAUGUCUAACUUUACAUGCUUCUUUACAUUUCAAUAUCUCUCCUUUUCUCUACCGCUCUCUCUAUCCUCAUUGAAACAGGAAAUGGGUGGUUAUUUUAUUGGAAUGGGAUCGAGAAGGUUAUUCACAUGCUGAUCAUGCCAAGGAGGAACUACCCUAUUGCUAUGUCAAGACCCAAGUGGAAGAACAGAGGCCAGGGAUACACUCAGUAUGGCAAGUAAGGCAGUUAAUGUACAGUAUGUGGAGGGUGUUUAUGUACGAGCUGAACACUGCAGUGUUGGAGUAGUUAAGACACAUAGCCUACUGUAAGUAGUCUUAACAUUGAUUUUACAUUUACAUUUGAGUCAUUUAGCAGACGCUCUUAUCCAGAGCGACUUACAGGAGUAAUUGGGGCUAAGCGCCUUGAUCAAGGGCACAUCGACAGACUUCACCUAGUCGGCUCUGGGAUUCGAACCAGCGACAUUUCGGUUACUGGCCCAACACUCUUAACCGCUAGGCUACCUGCCACCCUCAUUAUCACAAUUCUAUCACCUUGAUCCUCUGUAGCUCAAUUGGUAGAGCACGGCACUUGUAACGCCAGGGUAGUGGGUUCGAUCCCCAGGACCACCCAUAUGUAAAAAUGUAUGCACACAUGACUGUAAGUCGCUUUGGAUAAAAGCGUCUGCUAAAUGGCAUAUUAUAAAGCUAUGUCUCCCCAGGUACAGUGCCUUGAAAAAGGAUUAAUCCCCAUGGUGUUUUUCCUAUUUUGUUGCAUUACAACCUGUAAUUUAAAUUGAUUUUUAUUUGGAUUUAAUGUAAUGGACAUACACAAAAUAGUCAAAAUUGGUGUAGUGAAAUGAAAAAAAAAACUCGUUUCAAAAAAUUAUACAAAAUAAAUAACGGAAAAGUGGUGCGUCCAUAUGUAUUCACCCUAUUUGCUAUGAAGACCCUAAAUAAGAUCUGGUGCAACCAAUUACCUUCAGAAGUCACAUAAUUAGUUAGAUUGCACACAGGUAGACUUUAUUUAAGUGUCACAUGAUCUCAGUAUAUAUACACCUGUUCUGAAUGGCCCCAGAGUCUGCAACACCACUAAGAAAGGGGCACCACCAAGCAAGCAGCACCAUGAAGACCAAGGAGCUCUCCAAACAGGUCAGGGACAAAGUUGUGGAGAAGUACAGAUCAGGGUUGGGUUAUAAAAAAAUAUCCAAAACUUUGAACAUCCCAUGGAGCACCAUUUUAAAAUCCUUUAUUAAAAAAUUGAAAGAAUAUUGCACCACAACAAACCUGCCAAGAGAGGGCCGCCCACCAAAACUCACGGACCAGGCAAGGAGGGCAUUAAUCAGAGGCAACCAAGAGACCAAAGAUAACCCUGAAGGAGCUGCAAAGCUCCACAGCGGAGAUUGGAGUAUCUGUCAAUAGGACCACUUUAAGCCGUACACUCCACAGAGCUGGGCUUUACGGAAGAGUGUCCAGAAGAAAGCCAUUGCUUAAAGAAAAAAAUAAGUUAACACGUUUGGUGUUCGCCAAAAGGCAUGUGGGAGACUCCCCAAACAUAUGGAAGAAGGUACUCUGGUCAGAUGAGAUUAAAUUGAACUUUUUGGCCAUCAAGGAAAACGCUAUGUCUGGCGCAAACCCAACACCCCGAGAUAACCAUCCCCACAGUGAAGCAUGGGGGUGGCAGCAUCAUGCGGUGGGGAUGUUUUUCAUCGGCAGGGACUGGAAAACUGGUCAGAAUUGAAGGAAUGCUGGAUGGCGCUAAAUACAGGGAAAUUCUUGAGGGAAACCUGUUUGUCUUCCAGAGAUUUGAGACUGAGACGGAGGUUCACCUUCCAGCAGGACCCUAAGCAUACUGCUAAAGCAACACUAGGGGAAAGGGGAAACAUUUAAAUGUCUUGGAAUGGCCUAGUCAAAGCCCAGACCUCAAUUCAAUUGAGAAUCUGUGGUAUGACUUAAAGAUUGCUGUACACCAGCGGAACCCAUCCAACUUGAAGGAGCUGAAGCAGUUUUGCCUUGAAGAAUGGGCAAAAAUCCCAGUGGUUAGAUGUGCCAAGCUUAUAGAGACAUACCCCAAGAGACUUGCAGCUGUAAUUGCUGCAAAAGGUGGCUCUACAAAGUAUUGACUUUGUAGAGCCAUUAUGCACACAAGUAUUUUUUUUGUCUUAUUUCUUGUUUGUUUCACGAUAACAAAUAUUUAGCAUCUUCAAAGUGGUAGGCAUGUUGUGUAAAUUCAAUGAUACAAACCCCCCAAAAAUCAAUUUUAAUUCCAGGUUGUAAGGCAACAUAAUAGGAGGGGUGAAUAUUUCGCAAGCCACUGUAUCUCCAUGCAUUGUGUGAAGGAGGAGCACACAGCUAUCAAUAUGAACCUGCAUUACCUGGACAACGGGACUGUGAUGCUCAACUUCAUCUACCAGAUAGAGCUCUUCUUCCUGCCCGUAGGCUUUGCACUGAAGGUGAAAUGAAGCAGUGAUAUUUGGAACAGGAACGUACAUGUGACUAGGACAGGGCGAUGUAUCAGAUUAAUUCAAAUUAGUUUUUGCACGAUAUUCCACAUGCCUGUAUUGCAAUAAUUUAGUUUUCAUGAGCGUUUAUGUCCACUUGUUCUCAUGUCUUUUUGGUCUCGUCUCUUUCGCUCCUUCUGUGCUGUGUGCACCUUUUCUAUUUACAUCAGAGAUCUGAAUAUAAUGACGAGAUGCUCAUGUCGCUGCCCUAACAAUGGGAGUCGUAGUCCCAAAUGGCGGGAAGGCAGGCGACAAGCUUCGGUAAAAAAUAAGCCUGUAGAAACGCAUUGGGCUUAUUUUGGACAGAUUUUGGCGAGAGUGAAACCUCGCACUUCUCCUCUUCCUCUGCUUACACACACACCAAUCCCCUCCCCUGCCACUCACACCAACAAAGUUGAGAGAUCACUUCUUCCUCUCUGACAAGCGGUUUCAACUCACUAUUUGCAUUUGAGGUUUGGUUCAACAGAAUCGGUCAUAUGGACACAAACACAUUGAGACAUUAUUUUACUCUAAUAGAGAAGUUAACCUGUCUAACAAAAUCCUUUUUAUCUCUCAACUACUCAAAUUGCAUGCAGAGCAGACACUACUAAAACAGGAGUAUCAAUGAACAUUGAUUCAGGAAAAUUAAUGCUCAGUUUGUUGCGCGCAGCAUUGCGGUACUGCGUACCGCUACCAGCAUUUUAGCCAAAGACUGUUCUACUUGCUGUCUAGUCUGUAUUUUAUAAAUGUGCAAAAAGCAUAAAACACAAUUAUAGAAGGAAUUGACAAGUCAUUGUCAUUCUGAGAAAUAAGGUAGGCCACUUGAUUUCAACAUCUGAACAAAGUGGAAAGGCUAGCAUGCUGUUCAAACAGUUGGAGACAGACAGAAGGGUGUGUUCAUAACAAUUCAACUGUUCUCCCUUGUUAGCUAACAAAUACACUACCGUUCAAAAGUUUGGGGUCACUUAGAAAUGUCCUUGUUUUCCAAGAAAACAUACAUGAAAUGAGUUUGAAUAGGAAAUAUAGCAAAAUGAAUAGGCAAUGUAGUCAUUGACAAGGUUAGAAAUAAUGAUUGUGUCCUUCAAACUUUGCUUUCGUCAAAGAAUCCUCCAUUUGCAGCAAUUACAGCCUUGCAGACCUUUGGCAUUCUAGUUGUCAAUUUGUUGAGGUAAUCUGAAGAGAUUUCACCCCAUGCUUCCUGAAGCACCUCCCACAAGUUGGAUUGGCUUGAUGGGCACUUCUUACAUACCAUACGGUCAAGCUGCUCCCACAACAGCUCAAUAGGGUUGAGAUCCGGUGACUGUGCUGGCCACUCCAUUAUAGACAGAAUACCAGCUGACUGCUUCUUCCCUAAAUAGUUCUUGCAUAGUUUGGAGCUGUGCUUUGGGUCAUUGUCCUGUUGUAGGAGGAAAUUGGCUCCAAUCAAGCGCCACCACAGGGAAUGGCAUGGCGUUGCAAAAUGGAGUGAUAGCCUUCCUUCUUCAAGAUCCCUUUUACCCUGUACAAAUCUCCCACUUUACCACCACCAAAGCACCCCCAGACCAUCACAUUGCCUCCACCAUGCUUGACAGAUGGCAUCAGGCAUUCCUCCAGCAUCUUUUCAUUUGGUCUGCGUCUCACAAAUGUUCUUCUUUGUGAUCCGAACACCUCAAACUUCGAUUUGUCUGUCCAUAACACUUUUUUUCCAAUCUUCCUCUGUCCAGUAUCUGUGUUCUUUUGCCCAUCUUAAUCUUUUCUUUUUAUUGGCCAGUCUGAGAUAUGGCUUUUUCUUUGCAACUCUGCCUAGAAGGUCAGCAUCCCGGAAUCGCCUCUUCACUGUUGACGUUGAGACUGGUGUUUUGCGGGUACUAUUUAAUGAAGCUGCCAGUUGAGGACCUGUGAGGCGUCUGUUUCUCAAACUAGACACUACUGUAUUUGUCCUCUUGCUCAGUUGUGCACCGGGGCCUCCCACGCGUUCUAUUCUGGUUAGAGCCAGUUUGCGCUGUUCUGUGAAGGGAGUAGUACACAGCGUUGUACGAGAUCUUCAGUUUCUUGGCAAUUUUUCGCAUGGAAUAGCCUUCAUUUCUCAGAACAAGAAUAGACUGACGAGUUUCAGAAGGAAGUUAUUUGUUUAUGGCCAUUUUGAGCCUGUAAUCGAACCCACAAUUGCUGAUGCUCCAGAUACUCAACUAGUCUCAAGAAGGCCAGUUUUAUUGCUUCUUUAAUCAGCACAACAGUUUUCAGCUGUGCUAACAUAAUUGCAAAAGGGUUUUCUAAUGAUCAAUUAGCCUUUUUAUAAUGAUAAACUUGGAUUAGCAAACACAACGUGCCAUUGGGACACAAGACUGAUGGUUGCUGAUAAUGGGCCUCUGUACGACUAUGUAGAUAUUCCAUAAAAAAUCAGCAGUUUCCAGCUACAAUAGCCAUUUACAACAUUAACAAUGUCUACACUGUAUUUCUGAUCAAUUUGAUGUUAUUUUAAAUGGACAAAAAAUUGCGAAAACAAGGACAUUUCUAAGUGACCCCAAACUUUUGAACGGUAGUGUACAUAGAAGUUGGCUAAACUUGAAAUAUAAAGAUUAGCUGGCUACUCAUUAGCAUGUGGGCUUGUGCUUGAAAGAUUGUUUGAGACCUGUGUUAAUUUUCUAUAAUGCCUGCUACAAGAAGUUAGUUAUUAUUAGUGAAUUUGCAUUAUGCAUAGUUCUGGUAUUUUAUUUAUUUUUACAAAAAGGGCAUUUUCAUAUACAGACUUGAAAGCCAGAUCAGUGAUUAUUGCAAAAAAGCAAGAUAAAAUAAUUACAUUAUUAGUGGGGCUUAUAUUUAGCCUAAUUACACACGCCCUGAAUUCAUUAGAUUAUUGCUGACUGUUUGAAAUGCAGUGUAUUUGAACAUUAAUUGUACAACAGCUUAUUAAGGGAACAUUUUUUUUAUUUUUAGAUAUAUCGUGAAUCGCCUAUAAAUUUGAAAAAAUAGAGAUGAUUUUUAGGCCAUAUCGCCCAGCUCAACAUGUGACAUUUUAUUUAAAAAAACUAGUCGAUUUCCGCACCCCCGCAGAAAUCCAAAUAGCAUAAUAAUAACAUUCCCCCCCAAAAUCGGUCUUUAUACUAGAGAUAUCUGGGUUUUUGCACUGGAUGCAUCUCAAUCCACCGCAUCCACCGAUGUCGCGCAUCGGCGGUGACAGAGCUGCGUUUGUCAUGAGACAUCCCGAAAACCGGUCUUCUGACAACUUGAUUAGAGUACACCUGCGGUAAAUUCAAUCUAUUGGACAUGAUUUGGAAAGGCACACACCUGUCUAUAUAAGGUCCCACAGUUGACAGUGCAUGUCAGAGCAAAAACCAAGCCAUGAGGUCGAAGGAAUUGUCCGUAGAGCUUCGAGACAGGAUUGUGUCGAGGCACAGAUCUGGGAAAGGGUACCAUUACAUUUCUGCAGCAUUAAAGGUCCCCAAGACAACAGUGGCCUCCAUCAUUCUUAAAUGGAAUAAGUUUGGAACCACCAAUACUCUUCCUAGAGCUGGCCGACUGGCCAAACUGAGCAAUCUGGGGAGAAGGACCUUGGUCAGGGAGGUGACCAAGAACCUGAUGGUCACUCUGACAGAGCUCCAGAGUUCCUCUGUGGAGAUGGGCGAAUCCUCCAGAAGGACAACCAUCUCUGCAGCACUCCACCAAUCAGGCCUUUAUGGUAGAGUUGCCAGACAGAAGCCACUCUUCAGUAAAAGGUACAUGACAGCCCGCUUGGAGUUUACCAAAAGGCACCUAAAGACUCUCAGACCAUGAGAAACAAGAUUCUCUGGUCUGAUGAAACCAAGAUGGAACUCUUUGGCCUGAAUGCCAAGCGUUACGUCUGGAGGAAACCAGGCACCGCUCAUCACCUGGCCAAUACCAUCCCUACGUGAAGCAUGGUGGUGGCAGCAGCAUGCUGUGGGGAUGUUUAUCAGGAGGCAGGGACUGGGUGACUAGUCAAGAUCAAGGGAAAGAUGAACGGAGCAAAGUACAGAGAUGAAAAUCUGCUCCAGAGCACUCAGGACCUCCGACUGGGGCGAAGGUUCACCUUCCAACAGGACAACGACCCUAAGGACACUGCCAAGACAGCGCAGGAGUCGUUUCGGGACAAGUUUCUGAAUGUCCUUGAGUGGCCCAGCCAGAACACUGACUUGAACUCAAUCGAACAUCUCUGGAGAGACCUGAAAAUACCUAUGCAGCGACGCUCCCCAUUCAACCUGACAGAGCUUCUUGGGGACCUUCGAUGCUGCAGAAAUGUAUUGGUACCCUUCCCCAGAUCUGUGCCUCGACACAAUCCUUUCUCUGAGUUCUACGGACAAUUCCUUCGACUUAAUGGCUUUCUUUUUGCUCUAACAUGCACUGUCAACUGUGGGACCUUAUAUAGACAGGUGUGUGCCUUUCCAGAUCAUGUCCAAUCAAUUGAAUUUACCACAUGUUGAAUCCAAUCAAGUUGUAGAAACAUCUCAAGGAUGAUCAAUGGAAACAUGAUGCACCUGAGCUCAAUUUCGAGUCUCAUAGCAAAGGGUCUGAAUAUUUGUGUAAAUAAGGUAAUUCUGUUUAUUUCUUUAUAAAUUUGCCAAAAAAUCUAAAAACCUGUAUUUUCUUUGUCAUUAUGGGGUAUUGUGUGUAGAUUGAUGAGGACAAAAAUGUAUUUUAUAAAUUUUAGAAUAAGGCUGUAACGUAACAAAAGGGAAGAGGUCUGAAUACUGUCCGAAUGCACUGUAUAUUAUAAAUGAAUGUGUUCUAUUUAAUUCUGUGUUUGCAUGUUUAGAAGGAAUGUGUAGAUGAAUGCUCAUUGUUUCAGUCUUUUCCUACCAGAUCCUGAACAAGUCAUCAUGGGAGAGGGGCUUUGGUCACGGCUGUGUUUACAAGACAGAGGUGGUGGACCUGGCUGAGAAGAAGGGCGAGGACAACCUGGUGUUUGGGGUCAAACCCGGUGAUCCCAAGGUAAUGGACAAACUGGACACUGUUGGUCUGCCCCCCAUCGGAGCCGUGCUACAGUACGGAGACCCCUUCUACAGCUACAUCAACACCGGACAGAGCUUUGUCAACUUCUAGAAGUGAGUUAACUUACUAUGUUCUUUCCAUUGUCAUACCAUAGUUUUGAGCCUUUCUCUGCUCUAUGAUAAUGAGUUGGCCAGAUGCAGCUGCUAAUGCAAUUUAUAACGUGCUGUUUUCUCUCGCUUGCGUAGGAGUCAAGAAAGCUGUGUGGUAGACAACAUCAAGGUGUGCAGCAACGACGCUGGCUCGGGCCGGUUCAAGCAGUGCGAGUGCCCCGUAACCCCACCAUUGGGGACAAGUUUGCCAGCCGCCACGGGCAGAAGGGCAUCCUGAGCCGCCUGUGGCCUGCACAGGACACGCCCUUCACGGAGAGCGGCAUGACCCCCGACAUCAUGUUCAACCCCCACGGCCUCCUGCAUGACCAUCGGCAUGCUCAUCGAGAGCAUGGCCGGCAAGUCGGGCGCCCUCCACGGCCUGUGCCGUGACGCCACGCCCUUCACCUUUUCCGGCGCUGGAGCAUUUCGGCGACAUGCUACGCGCCGCCGGCUACAACCACUACGGCACCGAGCGCCUCUACAGCGGCCUGGAGCUGGAGGCGGACAUCUUACUCAGCGGUGGGCGGGAGGAACAUCCAGGGUGGCAUCCGCUUUGGGGAGAUGGAGCGCGACGCCCUGCUGGCGCACAGGACCUCCUUCCUGCUUCACGACCGCCUCUUCAACUGCUCUGACCGCUCGGUGGCCCAGGUGUGUGUGGACUGUGGUAGCCUACUGUCCCCUCUACUGGAGAAACCACCACCCUACUGGUCAGCCACACGCCACCGCAAGACUGUCUGCACCCUGUGCGGCAAAAGUGACUCCAUUGACACGGUGUCUGUGGUGUAUGUCUUCCGCUACUUUGUUGCAGAGCUGUCAGCGAUGAACAUCAAAUUGGACGUGAAGUUUGUUCAGUCUACCCACCCUGUAUGCACAGCCACAGACAGUGGUGCUAUAUUGUGCACAGAAAUUGUCUUCCCCCAUGUGUGA